CUGAGGUUUCUUCUUCUCUCCACGGCCCACAGUGAACUGGAAAUAAUUUAAGACCUUCCCUCUCCUCCCCACACAAUUUCUUUGCUGCCCACUGCCAGGCCCACCCAGUGUAGCGGGAAGGAAUUGGGCUACGGGGCUCAGCUCACGUGUAGCUUCACAACCCUGGGACUAUGAAGGUCAAAGUUAUUUCAGUCUUGGAAGAUAACUACAUGUACUUGGUCAUUGAAGAAAAUACCAAGGAAGCUGUUGUAGUGGAUGCGGCUGUUCCCAAGAGGUUACUAGAAAUUGUCAGAAAAGAAGGCGUUACACUUAAAGCAAUUCUUACCACCCAUCACCAUUGGGACCACGCCCGAGGAAAUGAAGAACUGGCCAAGGUGUAUCCAGAGCUGCAGGUGUAUGGAGCAGAUGAGCGGAUUGGAGCCUUGACGCACAAGGUGACUCACAACGAGGAGUUAAAGUUCGGGGAUAUUAACGUGAGGUGCCUGUUCACGCCGUGCCAUACAUCAGGCCACGUGUGUUAUUUCAUGUGGGAAGAGAACUCCGCAGAUGCUCCAGCUGUCUUUUCAGGUGACACCUUGUUCAUUGGUGGCUGUGGGAAGUUCUUCGAAGGGACGGCCGAGCAGAUGUACAGGAACCUGACUGAAAUCCUGGGUGCUUUGCCGAAGGACACUAAAGUGUUCUGUGGGCACGAGUACACAGUGAGGAACCUCAAGUUUGCUUUGAAAGUGGAACCGGAGAAUGAGAUUGUGAAAAAGAAACUCGCUUGGGCAAAACUCCGAGACGACGAGGACUUGCCCACAGUGCCCUCCACUCUGCAGGAGGAGUUCCACUACAACCCCUUCCUGCGGGUCUCGGAAGAAUCAGUGCAGAAAUUCACGGGCAAGACAGAUCCGGUGGAUGUGCUGCGAGCUCUCCGCACAGAGAAGGAUAACUUCAAGAAGCCCAAAGAGAGGCUGACCCCUCAAGCCAUGCUGGCAUUCGAGUGGGGUCUCUUCAGCCCCUUAAUGGAGAAGAAGUGAAAUGCAGCCGGGUUUGUCUGAUCGUUUAUUUUGUACCAAUAUAUUAAUGCAACCAAGGCCACAGUGAGGGCAAAGUCUUUUACCAAAAUGCAGUAUCCUGAUCGUCGUAGUGGGGGAGGCCUGUUAGGCCAGUCUGUCUCCCAGCUGGGCAAGGACUGUUCCCUGUAGCACAUUGUGUAGGGCUCUGUCCUGUCUGGCUUUAAAUGACUCGGCCACUGAAGCUUCCUUUAUUGCAUGGGCCUCACAGCUGGGAAUUGGGGCUUGUAAUUCAGCUUAUUUUUUUUUCUUUACUCCUUUUGAUCUCCUCACUUCUAGUUGUAUGAAUCACCCUAAGCAAGUCCUCUCUCUCCUUACACCCCUCUGCGAAUGGUCUGAUUUUCUGAGCCCUGCCUCUUAAAAGGGGUGAUGAAGAACCAGGUUCUUUUUUGUACCUGGAAGUAAACUAUGGGCUUCUGGAAAACGGGGAAAUCUGAACGUAAGGGUUCGAAGUGGAAGAGUUCUGCCCAGAGCAAUUCCUGUUUUUUAAAAGGCAAAACAAGAUAUUUUGGGGACAUCUAAAACUUUUAAUUCUUCUAGUAAUUACUGGAGAAGGGGCUGCUCUCUGAAUGGAACGAAACUAUUCUGUGUACGAAUGUAGCAUUAGAAAAAACUUUUAUUUUGCACUAAGCCAGGACUGGCCUUGUCAACAGUGACUCUCACAAAUGAUAACUGAGAAACUUGAAAGUGCUGAUUUCUGUGCCGAACUCUCCCUAAAGACAAUUGUCUCCAGAAAAUCAAAACAGGCAGUGAAUGGGCCCCUUGUAGUAUGAUCUGGUGAUGCAUGUAUAUUGAGUAUAUAAAGCAGUGCAUCUUUUCGAGGAGCCGACACUGGUCCCCUGCAACCUUGACAGGUUGGAAAGGUUUCAUGUAAUAGAAUUAUAGUGUAUUAGGCAAAAAUUUACCAUGCUGUGAUUAAGCAAGCUGAAACCAGCAGCAGGGUAAUUGGAGCGGAAUUGUCUUUUCGCUUAAUAUUCAGGAAGAUCUUUAUUAAAAAGCAGGGUUUUUUUUUAACGCUGCUUUUGACAAUCCCAAAUCAAAAUGGGAUAGCAGGAUUUGAAAAACAAUUACUAGGAACACAGCAUGGGCUUCUGAACAGAUUAACCCCCAAAAAUGCUUUAAAGUGGAGCUCAGGCUUGUGGUCCUUCAAAGCAAGACUUUGCUGGGAGUUGCUUGUGCAGAAAGCCUGAUGGAUCACCUCCCUUAGUCUCCCAGUUUGAAAAUAUGCUUAUACGCUCCCUUUACCAGCAGAGGCAGAUUAAGGAACCACAAUUAAAAGCCUGUGCAGGUUUAUGCAAUUGACUAGGGGAUUACUCACAAGCACAUCCAUGUCUGCAGCAUCAGGGCCUUGGGUCAGUAAGCAGCAUCUGUUUUGCUGCUUUUCUCCCACUAUAGAACAUGAAAGAUUCUUCCCCUCCCACAUGUACGUUUAACAUAGUGGAAAGGGGAAGAACUUGUGUUUGCAUCACUGUUCUAUAAAAAAAUUAGUCAGCCUUCCAAUUUUAGUUUAACAAUCUGAAAAGUGUGUGUAGUACUUAAACUGCUCCGGUGCCUUGCAAACUUAUUACAAUAUUUAGAAUUAAGUGUUGUCUCCUCUAAAAGAAAAUCUAUAGUAGCUCUGUAAACAGCUGUGAAAAUCCACGACUUGAUUAGAGGGAGCAAGUUGCUCUAUUUCAGGAUUCCAUAGCAGGCCUCCUUCUCCACUACCUUGAGUUACUGUUUACACCAAAGUGAAAAAGUUGGUUAAACACUAUUCUGUUAAAAUGGCAGUGAUUUUACACCUACUUCACAGAGGUGAAUGAGAACACAAAGGAAGGCAGAUUGGGCCCACUAAAACGUCUUACUAUAACACACAGCUUUGAUUAAACUUGAUAGUUCUUAGCACUGGAUUAUAGUUGACCUGAUUUUUCUUUUAUGUACUGUGAGUGUUUUUUUAAAUAAAACGAUAUAAUUGUCUCCAUACUAGGUUUGCACAGUACAACUUGUGUGUAGACCUGACCAUGGUGUAACACUUUGAUGCUAACCACCACUGAUAUACAGCUCUUGUAAAUGGGUAGCAAAACAGAAUGCAGAUUACUAAUGGGUUAAUUUUACAGUGCAAUAGCUAAUUAGCAUUUCAUUUGCAUAUGCCUAAUGAGGACUGCACAUUUUAACCAAACUGAACUUGGGUCUUUUGCACUUUAGUUCAAAGUUAUAGCGCUUGUGUACUAAACUUAGAAUUGCAUCACUUAACAAUAGAAUUCAUGUGUCUUGCUGCUGUUAAAACUUACAGGUUUUAUGCAAUACUAUAUGUAAAACUAUGCAGGAGAAGGUAUUCACUGAAACUAGCCCCCUCCUUGCAAAACAGGAGAGAAAAGCAACAUGAGUCUUGCCAGAUGAGCAGAGUGUACUUAAUACUAGAUUGUAAUGACAACUUUAAAUAAAGCUUUGAUUUUUUUUUUUUUAGACUUUGA